UGUCUAGGUAGGGCGGAUCACCAGAUUUUGAGACGGAGGCAGCAGACAAGUAAAUACUGGUGGGUUUGGGAUUUCACUGAGGCGGGGUGUUACCGGACCAAUGUGCUUCAGCUUUACUGCCGAGUCCAUCAGCUGAACGACACCCGCUGAUUCAGAGUUUUUGAGUUGGUGUAUCAAUAUGGAUGGUGAGAGUGAAGCCAAAGGAAAGCUAAGUGACCAGGCGAUGCAGAAUCCACAGGCACUGGCAGCUCUUCAGGACAAAGUAGACAGUGUCUCACAUAGUGCUUCCAUCAUGGCGAGUUUACCCAAGUCUGUGAAAAGAAGAGUGAAUGCCUUACGAAAUCUUCAGGUCAAAAGCACACACAUUGAAGCAAAGUUUUACAAGGAGGUGCAUGAGCUGGAGAGAAAGUAUGCAGCUCUCUAUCAGCCGUUAUUUGACAAAAGAAGCGACACUAUCUCUGGCAGAGUUGAACCCACUGAUGAGGAGUGUGAAUGGCACAGUGACCAUGAGGAUGAAGAAGCAUUAGCAGAAGAUCUGAAGACGAAGGCUGUUGUAGAGGAGAAAACGGAGGAUGCUAAUAAGGAAAACCCCACUGGAAUUCCAGAGUUCUGGCUUACAAUAUUCCGAAGUGUGGACAUGUUGAGUGAUAUGCUGCAGGAACACGAUGAACCAAUACUUAAACAUCUACAAGAUAUUAAAGUAAUCUUUUCUGGACCCGAUCAGCCCAUGAGCUUUACAUUAGAGUUUCAUUUUGAACCCAAUGAAUACUUCACCAACACAGUCCUCACUAAAGUAUAUAAGAUGAAGUCAGAGCCAGACGCAGAUGACCCGUUUUCUUUUGAGGGACCAGAAAUCAUCGACUGUGAGGGGUGUGAUAUUGACUGGCAUAAAGGCAAAGAUGUGACGGUAAAAACAAUCAAGAAGAAGCAGAAACAUAAAGGCAGGGGGACAGCGAGGGUCAUCACUAAACAAGUCCCCAAUGACUCCUUUUUUAACUUUUUCAACCCUAUUAAAGUUUCACCAGAUAAAGAAUUGGACGAGGACUCAGAGUACACCUUAGCCACAGAUUUUGAAAUUGGCCAUUUCUUCAGGGAAAGAAUUGUGCCGAGAGCAGUUCUGUAUUUUACAGGAGAAGCUCUGGACGAUGAUGAUAGCUUUGAGGAGGAGGAACUGGAUGAGGACGAAGAGGAGGACCAAGAAGAGGAGGAUGAGGAUGAUGAAGAAGAGGGGAAAUCUAAACCUAAGGCAUAAGUCAUUCUCACCUCAUACAUUUCUAGACUGAGGAUCCUCAGCCUGCAGAGUGCAAACAACAGUAGUUUAAACUACUCAGUCAUGCCACUGUCAAAAAUCUGCAUCAGCUCGUCUAGAAGUUUCUACAAAGCACACCGUUCUCUCUGAACAACCAUGAUGAUGCAGUAUAUUGGAAUUAAACCAAGCUUUUUUCUUUAAA